AUACAAUAUACAAAGUUUUUUUUUUAUUAAUUAUUAGAAAUAUUAUAAAAAAUUCUUUUUUCUCUCUUGGAGUUAUUGCUGUAGCGUAAAACAAUCGAAUAUCGCGUUGAACGUAUAUCAUUUUUUAUGCAUCGUUUACGUCAUUCUAUUAGAAUCGAUGACGUCAACAUAACCUUCAAAAAAAAACCAUUACAAAUGUAUACAAUAACAUCUGCCUCUUUAAUUUAAUCUUUUCAAUAUACAAAGUCGAUCUUAAUAAACAAUUGUUGCUUAAUGUACAAUCAAGCUGUAGAGAGAUAAUUCAAACGUCCAAUUACAAUUUUUUUUAUUUUUAUUCGUGAUGAUUCAACGUGAUACAAAUUUGUGUAACAUUUAACAACGAAGAAAAAGAUCGUAAAAUUUAUUAUCAAAGUAUCAAAGAAACAUUUACAUCGAUUAGAAAAAAAAAAAUACAUUGUGUUAAAAAAGAAAAAAUGAUCAUCGAUUGUGAUGGAAUCAGUAAGUCAAAAAAAAAAAAAGUUGGCGGGAAAUUCGAAAUUUGGAAACGUGCCGAUCGAUCGUCACAAUCGUUUACGUUUUAGGAAAAAGAUUAAAAGGGAUCUUGAGUAAUUAAUUUCUGAGAAAAAGAGAGAAAGGAUUGUAAAAAUGUCACGAAAGUGUCAACAGAAACAUUGGAGCGAACCUUUGUUGAGCAGACAUCAUUUUUCCUAUUUACCAGCAACUUCGGAGGAAGAUGACAUAGAUUUUGUUCAACAGCGUGUAAUUUCGGGGGAGGAUUACUCAAUGGACUGCUGUUUGUGUCAGGAACAUUAUAAUAAGAAAAAGUCAACCAAGUAUUUGAUCAACGAUGAUAUCAAGGCAGUAAUUUGAAUGCACGUAUUGUUUUGAAAAUGGCAACGAAUCAGAGUUAGAUAAAAAGAUAUAUAAAGAAAUUUGUAGAUACGUAUGUAUACUUUACUUGUUACCCAAACAGAGAUCAAACAGACUACGUUCGCAACGAGCAAGAGAGAACAUGGAAUUAAGGUUGAUUGGAAGUCAGGUUGAAGAAGCCUUAGGCGAUGACAGACAAGCAGUUUUGAUACAACAGUUGGAUCUUGUCAGCAAUGCGCUCGAAGCAUUAAUCCAUUACAUCCAAUCCUUACAAGUAACGAAUUUAGCUACUCAAAGGAUUAUGGACGUUGGACAUUUGUUAAUUAAUAGUCGUUCUUCUUUGAGCGAUGGUAACUCAACAAGUUUCAAAUUUUUAACCGGACAGAUUCAACAGAUAGAGAAUAAAGAGAAAUGUCGUGCAUCGUUCUUACAAGACUUGAAGGAACACUGUUCGAAGAGCAUGACGAUGUCCAAACAAUUACGUAUUUUAAUAGAGGAACAUAAAUCAAGAAAAGAAGAUUUCUCCAUCGCUGCGAAAAACUUUCAAAAUUUUCUUAAUAAAUCAAAAUUGUCGUCGUCGCAAUUAGAAAAAUUACGUCGACAAUACGAUACUAUUUUAGAAGAUUAUCAAGAAAGUAGACAAAUUUUGGACGUAAGAUUGCCAAAAGUCGUGAACGCGUACGUAAACAGAAAUAGCAUUAUCGUUUCUAUUCAUUUUGAGGUUAACACCGUAUACGUCAUAUCCUUCGAAAAGUUAGUAGUUCUUCUUAAACUUGAACGUUGUUGUUAUGGUUGCAGACGAUUGGUAACAUUGCACGAAGGUUUUGGUAGGAUAGUCGAAUUUUUUCACGACUUGGAUUAUUUCAAAGAAAUUUCGGAAAUAUUUAAACAAUUGAAAGAGAAUUUGUACGUCGAAGAUUUAGUAAAAGAACACAAUAUUGCCGUAGAAAUACCGGGGAACGUGGAAACGUGUCAAUUGUGUCAAACAACAAAUCGAGUCGAUAAGAAAUAAUAAUAAUAAUAAUUGUAAGAAUAAUAAUAAGAAUAAUAAUAAUAAUAAUAAUAAUCGCGAAUGAAAGUUUCAUCAGUGAAAAAUGUUGUCGGUAGAUAAAUAUACAACGAAUUGUAGACGAUUUGUGGGAAACCUUAUUACUACCUUUCGAAGUAAGUUUAAUCCUCUUACAAGACCGUGUCAAGGUUUGUCCGUGCCACUGAUCAUCUUGUAAACUGAAAGAAUCUUAUGAUCCAUUGCAAAAAUAAAAGAAUAGGGAAAGAAGAAAAAUUACAAGGUAUAAUCCGCUUCCGAACGAGAAAAUAAAAUUAAUUCGUAUUACAAUGAGAUUAGAAAAAUAUUUACCAAUGCGAUUAACGUAUGAAUAAAUAAUUCGCAAAAAUAAUGAACAAAAGUUCUGUUCUGCGUAAAAACAAAAGAGAAGAAAGAAAGUAAAAGAGAACAAUAGUAGAAAAAAAAAUGUACCAAACAAACGAAUCGUGUAAGUAACUUAGUAAAACACUUGAUAAAAAUGCAUCGUCGUAUUCGCAUGGCUGGGCGCCAUUGGAUUAAAAAUUGAUGAAGGCAAUAUGGCGGCUGUGCGUGCGCGUAACAAAGAUGGCGCGACCAAUAGAAAUGCAGAGAUAGAAAGUCAGUCAUUUUCUCGAUUAGUUCAGAACACUCCACGCGUUUGGAAAAAUGCGAAUCAUUGAUGAUAAACUUGGGGAAUGAUUGGAAUCGUACGAAAAAUAGAAAAAAACUAUAUAUAUAUAUAUUUAAUGUAAAGGUGCAUCCAAAAAGAGAAAGAAAAGAAAAAAGCAAAAGAGAACGUUCGACGAUGAAAACGAUGCUUGUGUCGAAUGAUACGCGCGUGUAUAUAUAUAUAUAUAUAUAUAUAUAUAUAUAUAUAUAUAUGCAUGAUACAUUAUAGGGAUAGAUAAGAAAACAAAAACAAAAGCAAGAAAAAGUAGUUGAACAAGUUGAACAAAUGAAAGGUAUAAAUAAUAUCGUGUUUAAAGUAGAUUAAACGAAAUACGAGAACGAAAUAUUGAAUGUGAAAUAAAUAUAUAUCAUAUGGAGGAAGGAAGAUCCGAAGAAAGUUAGUGAUGCGUAGAUAGACGGAUAGAGGGCAGGUCGGUCGCUUCAUGGGGGAAUCAUGAGCGCGCUAUAGAAAGAGAGAGAAAAAGUAGAGUAAAAUAGGGGUGGUGGGGAGGAAAAGUGGGGAGAGAGCACCGUGAAGCGAGCGAGCGAAUGAGCGUGGAUAGAGAGAGAAAGAGAGUGGGAGGGAAGGAUGGAUGGAUGGAUAGAGAGAGAGAGAGAGAGAGAGAGAGAUAGAAUAUAACCUAUAUCCGUAGUGUGUCUCGGCCGGUGCGUGUCGUCGUCGUCGUUAUCGUCGUCGUCGUCGUUGUCGUCGUCGUCGCCGUCGUCGGCGUCGUUAUAUUCUCCGUGCCACCUCCCCCGACGGGUGGCGGCCGGUUAGAGAUCGCUGCUGUCCUUAACGUCGGAUUUUAAUCUCGUUAAAGACAGUGGGUUUAAUGUGUGGACACACGUGUUCUAUUACAGUGAUAUAUGGCCGGGCGGGGGGGCAUUUCUUUUUCUUUCUCUCUCUUUUUCUUCGACGAUUAGAGAGAGAAUAUUAGAAAAGAAAUAAAAGUGAGGAAUAAGAAGGAGGAGAAGAAGAAGAAGAAGAAGAAGGAGGAGGAGAAGGAGGAGGAGAAGAAGAAGAAGGAGAACAAGAAGAACAAGAAGAAAGAAAGAGAAGGAGAAUUGAGAAGGUGGUGACGAUAGAAAGAAGCGGAGGAGGUGGUGGAGGGGGAGGAGGAGGAGGAGAAGGAGAAGGAGAAAUAAGAAUAAGAAGAAGAAGAAGAAGAAGAAGGGAGAGUUGAGUGCGUGAAUGCGUUGAUGCGUCGCUGCCGUCGUCGUCGUCGUCGUCGUCGUCGUCGUCGGGAGGAGCAACGAUCGUCGCCGUCGCCGUCGUCGACGUUGCCGUUGUCGUUGCCGUUGCCAUUGCCAUUGCCAUUACCGACGUACUCGUCGUACUCGUCGUCCUUAUCCUCAACGUUGGUUUUCGAUCUCAACGUUGAGAGAUAAAUAGAUAUAUAUAUAUAUAGAUAGAUAGAUAGAUAGAUAUAUAGAUAGAUAAAUAGAUAAAUAUAUAGGAUUAGUAGUGGUGGUGUGACCGUAAACGGGAAAGCGUCCUCCUCGUUAGUGUUUGAAGCACUGAACGAGGAGAGGGAGUAAAAAGAAGAAAAGAAGAAAAGAAGAAGAAGAAGAAGAGGAAGCAAAAGCGGUGCUGAAGAAGUGCCGCCGCGGUGUCCGUGCUGGUGGUGGUGGUGGUGGUGGCGGUGGUGGCGGUGGUGGACGUGGUGCGAGGAGUGUUGUUGUUGGUGCCGGUGGUGCAAGAAGAAGAGGAAGAAGAGGAAGAGGAAAAAGAAGAAGGAGAGAGAAAAGAAAACGAAGGAAGAAAGGGAGCCGAAGGGAAACGUUAUUAUAAUAAUUAUAAUAAUAAUAAUAAUAAUAAUAAUAAUAACGACAACAACAAUAAUAAUAAGAAUAAUAAUAAUAAUAAGAUUAAAGAAAGGGUGCUGCCGGAAGUGGUGGUUUAUUGGGAGGAUAACCUCGCGGUGCAAAGAAGAAGAGGAAGAAGAAGAAGAAGAAGGGAAGAAGAGAAAAGAAGAAGAAUAAUAACAAUACUGAGAAGAAGAAGAAGAAGAAGAAGAAGAAGGAGAAGAAGAAGUAAUAGCAGCAGUAACAGCAGCAGCAGUAGUAGUAGUACUAGCAGUAAUAAUAGUAGUAGUAAUACAACAACAGCAACAAUAAUAACAACAGCAUCAGUAACGAUUGUUGGAAAAGAAGUUUUAUUCGCCGGUUCCGUCGAUAAUAAUCGUAAUAGUAAUAGUGACAUCGUUGACAUCGUCGACGUCGCCAAAGUCAAAGCAACCUUGUCAUCGUCAUCGUCGUCCUCGUCCUCGUCUUCGUCCUCGUCGUCGUCGUUUUUUGAAAAGAAGAGAAGGAGAAGAAAGAUAGCAGAGACCACGAGGACGACGACGAAACGUCGUCCCUCCUUCUCCAUCUCCUUCUCCACUUCCUCCUCCUCCUUCUCCUCUUCCUCCUCCUCCUCUUUCAUCACUACCACUACUACUACUACUACUACUACCUCUUCCUCCUUCUCCUCUUAUUUCACGUACACCGCCCUACUGAGAUAAUAUCAACCCGGACGAUAGACGACCGGGUCCUUUUCUUUUUUAACUCUUUCUCGUUGUCCUUGUUGUCCUUAUCCUUGUCCUAGUCCUUGUCAUCCUCGUCGUCGUCGUCGUCGUCGUCGUUGUCGUCGCGACGACGGUCGGCGUUCGGCCGGCGUACCUCGCUGCUUUACGAAUAGUAGUUAUUCCUCUCUUUCUUUCUUUCUCCUUCUUUUUCCCCCCACUACACCGACUUCUACCCCGCUCAUUCGUUCUCCAUUUCUCUUUCUCUCUCUCUCUCUCUCUCUCUCUCUUUUCCUUUCGUUCUCUCCUCCUAUAGCUUCUGCUAUACUUCAGCUUCUCUCCCUACCUACUACCUAUCUAACUACCAACCACCCACCACCCACCCACC